UGCCAAAAGUAUUGUCCCCACCUCUCCAAUCAUGUGAUUCAGGUGUUCCAAUCCCCUCCCAAUCAUGUGAUUCAGGUGUUCCAAUCCCCUCCCAGUCAUGUGAUUCAGGUUUUCCAAUCCCUUCCAUUUCAUGUGAUUCAGGUGUUCCAAUCCCCUCCAUAUCAUGUGAUUCAGGUGUUCCAAUCCCCUCCCAAUCAUGUGAUUCAGGUGUUCCAAUCCACUCCCAGUCAUGUGAUUCAGGUGUUCCAAUGCCCCUCCCAAUCAUGUGAUUCAGGUGUUCCAAUCCCCUCCAUAUCAUGUGAUUCAGGUGUUCCAAUCCCCUCCAUAUCGUGUGAUUCAGGUGUUCCAAUCCCCUGCAUGGACACAGGUGUAUACAAUCAA